AUGUUGAAGGAUACAGUGCCGCUGAUUGCAUCGCUUAAUGGCGAAAACGAAGCGCAUUUGCUUGUUGGAACACAUUCACUGAAUUUAACCACAAGUAGAGCCACUGCAAUUGUCAAGAGUGGAGCUUUUGCAACAAUCGUGGGAGUUUCAAAACAAUCAGAUGCCGAUGCGUUGCGUAAGAGAUUCGUGGACGAACCUCGCAUCUCAGUGCUUGAGGAUGAUUUCCAGCUCCACCAUUUGACAACCUUGGGACGUCCUCUUGUAGCAAAAGUAGUGGAGAGAGUAUUUGUUAAUCUAGCACAAGACCAGGCUCUUCUGAUGCAAAGCAUCUACCAACAAUGUGUCAAGCUGCGAAUUCCCAUCAAUACCUCACAAAGACCCGAGUUUUCCACGUUCAGCCCCAUUUCCACAUACACAGAUCCUGCAAAUAGUGGUCUUCAAAUUGCAGUCACCACUAAUGGGCAAGGAUGUCUUUUGGCAAAUCGUAUCAAGCGCGAGAUUGUGUCCAGUUUACCUUCAAACAUAUCAAAGGCGGUAAUCAACAUGGGCCAACUGCGAGACCGUAUCAUCUACGAGGACAGCAAUAGCUUGAUAUCCACUUACUACCUCAACAAAGACCUCCAAGAACUUGGGUAUGGUCUCGAUGAAGACAGCUGGGACAGUCAUAAAUUGAACAAGCUGGUGCAUGAGUUUUCCAUGAGCGAUGCGGAAAAGAGACUCAAGAGAACGAGAUGGCUCUCCCAAGUUAUGCAAUAUUUCCCACUUUCUCAACUGGCGGACGUGUCCAUCGAUCAGCUUGCUGACAAGUACAGUAGCAGCGGAAAUGUGGUGACAAGCGGGAGCAGGCUUGAGCCAUCCUCCACUAACAAAGCAAAAGCCAUACCGGAGGCGGAAGGCGCCUCCAAAAACUCGUCUAAGGCUUCAACUUCCGUUUCGGAGAGGUCGGUCAGCGACCAACAGCAACGCACUGGUUCCAUUUCGCUUGUUGGUAGUGGCCCGGGUUCAAUCUCCAUGCUUACUUUGGGUGCUCUCACGGAGAUCAAAACAGCCGAUCUUAUCCUUGCGGAUAAGUUGGUGCCUGAAACUGUGCUGGCGUUGAUUCCAAAACGUACAGAAGUGUUCAUCGCCAGAAAAUUUCCCGGCAACGCCGAAAGAGCGCAACAGGAACUACUAACCAAGGGUCUAGCUGGUUUGCAAGAAGGUAGAAAAGUUGUCAGACUCAAGCAAGGAGACCCUUACAUCUUUGGUCGUGGUGGCGAAGAGUUUUUGUUUUUUUCCGAGCACGGAUAUGUGCCUCAGGUACUUCCUGGCUUGAGCUCUGCUCUCACUUCAACUGUGGUAGCGAAAAUUCCUGCUACUCAAAGAGACGUUGCUGAUCAAGUUCUGAUAUGCACGGGAACCGGUCGCAAGGGUGCUUUGCCGCAAAUUCCAGAGUACGUUUCGACUAGGACAACUGUUUUCUUAAUGGCACUUCAUCGCUCUGACGUAUUAGUCGAAGCUCUAUUGCACCAGGGCUGGGAUCCCGAGGUGCCUGCUGCAAUCAUCGAGCGUGCCUCAUGUCCUGAUCAAAGAAUCACCAGAACGCUACUGAAAUACGUUCCAGAAGUGGUUAAUGAAAUCGGAUCUCGUCCCCCUGGUCUACUCGUUGUAGGGAAAGCCGUGGAAGCCUUGAUCGAUCAGGAAAAACUGAAUUUAAGUGAAAGCACAAAGUUUCGCAUCGAAGAGGGAUUCGAGGGGCCAACAGACAUUCCUUUUGACCUCAGUAUGUUCGGUAACUGA